AUGAGUAAUAACGAUGUCGCAAAACACUGUGUCAAGUGUGACCGGCCAGACACAGCGGACCAUCUUGUUGGUUGUGAUAGAUGUGACACAUGGAUGCAUUUUGACUGCGCAGGCGUAACGGACUCUAUCGCAGAUUCCGAUCGCUCAUGGAAAUGCGAUCAGUGUCGAUUGCGGGAAGAUGACGCCAUUUCUCAAACAAGACAGUCUAUCGGUCGCUCAUCUACAAGUAAACGUUCAGCCAAGGUGGAACUAAGCCUGCAGAUGGUGGAGGAGCAAAAAGCUCUACACAUGAAGAGAAUUCUGGAGGAGCAGGCGGCUGAAGCCGCUACCCGACAGAAGUUAGCUGAGGCGGAGGAAAAAUUCCUGAAGCAGAAGUACGAUGUACUUAGGGCAGAAGCGGAUGAUAUAGAAGAAGGAACCAGCAGAAGGACUAGAUUGAGUAGUCGAGCAAGUCGGGAGAAAGUACAAUCGUGGCUUAAUGAACACCAAGCCGGUGCCGUCCAACAAGUAACAGUUGCACCAGCCAGUCGCGUGUCGCCAACGGUGGUAAUUCCUGGAAUAGUUCAUCAGUCUAGUGUUCCCCAAUCAACCGGUCCUACAGCUACAUCGACGAUGGACGACUCUGCGAUCAACGCUUCGGACGUGGCGGAGCCUGUGAUUGCAGUUACAACGACGGUUCCCCAUAGUCAUCCAACAAAGUAUUUGUCAGAUAAAGUAAUAUCGUCUACCGAAAUCACGUUUGAAAGGCGACCGCUACGCGCAGUUCCAUCUCCAAAAGUAGAUAAUCUUGAGUCGUUGAUCACCUUUGGACUCGCCGUACAGAAUGCAGUAGAUCACAUGUCCAUCGCUAAUUUAAACAACCAUCUUUGGAAUCCGACAUUGCUCUGCGAACUGGUAGAAAAGCUUCCUCCCCAGCUUAAAAUGGAGUGGUCCUCCUUCAUGAGGAGUAGCACAAAUGUCAACCUGGCGACGUUUGGCGCUUUCAUGUCCGAGCUUGUCAUGAUGGCUUCGGACGUGACACUUCCCGGGGACAUGGUAGGUGUGUCCGCAAAACCAUUCAAAACAAGAAGGGAGAAACAGAAGUUGUAUGUUCACUCUGAGGAGAUACGAACAGGAAAGGCAGAUAUUAGUGUGGUGAAAUCGGUAACGGAACCGGUGAAAAAAACAUGCACGUAUUGUGGCUGCGUGAACCACGAGAUAGUAAAUUGCACGCAGUUUAAGGCGCUUGAUAUGGACGGUCGGUGGAAGGCAAUCAAACAGAAAAACUUGUGCCGAAGCUGUCUCAUACCACAUAAGAAAUGGCCGUGUCGUUCCAACAGGGAGUGUGGAGUCGACGGCUGCAGAGUUCAUCAUCACAUGUUGCUGCAUUCGACAAGAAAUCCUCCGUACAAAGGCGAAACCGCCAACAAGUCGCAGUCAACAAGUAACGUGAAAAGUAUUGUGCAUCAAAAUCUUCAUUCCUCGAUAGCGUACUCAUUGUUUAGAUAUUUACCGAUAACUAUCCAUGCUAAUGGUCAGCAGAUGAAGUCUUUCGCCUUCCUAGAUGAUGGAUCGUCCUCUACUUUAUUGGAUUCUAGCAUUGCAAUGGCGCUUGGUAUUACUGGACCAACCGACAACUUUUCGUUAAGCUGGACAGGUAACAUAUCGAGAGAAGAGAAAGGGUCUCAACGGGUCACUGUGGUGAUUUCUGGCGAUAGAAAGCAAUUUAAGCUCAACAACGUGCGAACAGUCCAGGAGCUUCGACUACCAUGUCAAACAAUGCAGUACGAAGAGUUGCAGCAGAUACACCCGCAUCUAAAGGGUCUGCCGAUCCGCAGCUACAAGGAAGCUACGCCAGGGAUCAUAAUUGGACUAGAACACGUUCGACUGCUAACGUCCUUGCGCGUACGAGAGGGUGGAGACAACGAGCCUGUAGCGACGAAGACGAGGCUUGGCUGGUGCAUUUUUGGCAAGAGUUCUGCUGAUGAGACUGUGUUGGAACAGUUGAAUUUCCACCAUAGUAACGACUUAGACAAUCGUGAGCUGCAUGAGCGAAUGCGGCAUUAUUUUGCUAUUGAGGAAUCAAGUGUGACCAUUAAACCGGAAGGCAAGGACGACAAACGUGCGCGUGAAAUUAUGGAGACCACAACUCGACGUGUGAAUGGGUCGUUCGAAACGGGAUUAUUGUGGAAGUUUGAUAGCUUCUCCUUUCCUGACAGUUACCCCAUGGCAGUACGACGAAUGAAGGCAUUAGAGAAGCGGUUUAGCAAAGAUCCAGUUCUGGCAGGCAAAGUAAGAGAGACGAUCACGCAGUAUGAAUCAAAAGGAUACGCACGUCUGAUUACUUCCGAGGAGCUCCAGUCGACGGAUCCGAGUAAGGUUUGGUACUUACCACUGGGUGUGGUACAGAACCCGAAAAAACCCAAUAAAAUAAGGUUGAUAUGGGAUGCCAAAGCAAGAGCCGGGGGAGUGUCAUUCAACGACAUGCUGAUGCCAGGACCGGAUUUAUUAGUUGCGUUGGUGGCUGUACUUCUUCGCUUCCGGCAAAGGAACAUCGCAGUGGUUGGCGACAUAAGAGAGAUGUUCCACCAGAUUCUUAUAAGGAACGAAGACAAGCAGUCGCAGAGAUUUCUGUAUCGGCCGUCCGAGGAAUUAUCCCCACAGAUCUAUGUAAUGAACGUAGCUACCUUCGGUGCCACCUGCUCGCCCAGCUUGGCACAGUUUGUCAAGAACAAAAAUGCGUCAGAGUUCGCUGAGAGAUUUCCCAGGGCGGCUAAGGCGAUUAUAGAAAAUCACUAUGUGGAUGAUUUCCUGGAUAGCCUAGACUCGGAAGCAGAGGCGAUUCAGCUUGUUAACGAGGUGAAAUAUGUCCACUCACAAGCAGGAUUUGAGAUCCGAAACUUUUGCUCUAAUUCCACUAAGGUUCUAGCUGCAAUAGGAGAACAGAAAGCGUCAUCGUCGGUAUCUUUGAAUCUGGAGAAAGCCUUGGGAACUGAGCGAGUGUUAGGCAUGAUUUGGAGGCCAACAAAGGACGUAUUCACCUUUGAUCCAAGUACCCUAAACGAGGAUAUCAAAGCACUGAUUGGCGGUGCAGUCACACCGACGAAGCGGCAAGUCCUGAAGACCAUUAUGUCGCUGUUUGACCCUUUGGGAUUGAUAUCUCAUUUUGUUGUGCACGGAAAAAUUCUUAUGCAGUUGAUUUGGAGAUCCGGAACAGAUUGGGAUGAGUCCAUCCCAGAAGAACUUCGAGCAGUCUGGAGUCGUUGGUGUCAGCACUUACAGCGUUUGGACAUUGUAGCAGUACCGCGCUGUUUUUUCAAAGGGAUAAACAGUUCUACUCUCGACAACGUAGAGGCUCAUCUGUUCGUGGACGCCAGUGAAUUGGCGUGUGCAGCGGUAUUAUACCUCCGUUUGGUAAAUAACAACAAGGUCCGUUGUACUCUGGUGGCGGCAAAAACAAAGGUCGCACCCUUGAAACCUGUUUCCGUACCUCGUCUUGAGUUGCAAGCAGCGAUGAUCGGUGUAAGAAUGCUGGAUAAAGUACUGCUAAGCAUAGAUAUUCCCGUAAUACGACGUUUCCUGUGGUCCGAUUCUUCGACAGUGCUCUCUUGGUUAAGAUCUGACAGUCGCCGUUUCCACCAAUUCGUGGCUGUUCGAGUGGGAGAGAUUCUGUCUACCACUAGCGUCGACGAAUGGCAUUACGUGCCAUCCAAACUUAAUGCCGCUGAUGCGGCCACCAAGUGGAAGGAUGAGCCUAUUUUCGCCGACAACAAUACUUGGUACAACGCACCGGAUUUCUUGUACAAGUCACCAGAGCAUUGGCCGUCAAAACUACCGAAAAAGGAGCUGGAGACAGUCUCUGAGCUCCGCGCUGUUUUCUUGUUUCAUGGUAUGGAGCAAAAACCACUGUUAGACGUUUCUAGAUUCUCUAACUGGAACCGACUCGUGAGAACCGUUGGAUAUACAAUAAGAGCUAUUCGUCGUUUCAAGGGAGAGAAACAUCAUGAUCCGGCUUUCUUAGCUCAGGAGGAACUGAAGUAUGCUGAAGUCCUACUCUGGCGGCAGAUACAAAAUGAGGCCUACGCUGACGAAGGAUCUAUUCUGAAGCAUAAUAGAGCGUUUCCAGAAGAUCCAUUGUCGAUUCCUAGUGCAAGUCCGCUGUACCGUCUCUCGCCCUUCAUUGAUGAAGACGGAAUCAUUCGGAUGGACAGCAGAAUUACAGCAGCACCGAUGAUACCGGUAGAGGUAAAAUACCCGAUUCUGCUACCCAAGAAGCACGCUGCAGUCAUCCUUCUAGUGGGAGAGUACCAUAGGCGGUUCCUUCACGCGAACGGAGAGACGGUGUGCAAUGAGAUGCGCCAAAAAUUCUUCAUACCAGGCCUGCGAAGCUUGAUCCGCCAAGUAUCCAAAAGCUGUCUGCAUUGUCGCUUUAAAAAGGCUACCCCACAACCACCUAUGAUGGCAUCGUUACCCGAAGCCAGAGUGACUGGAUUUGUGAGGCCAUUCACACAUACGGGGGUGGACUACUUUGGACCAGUAAUGGUCAAACAAGGGCGCAGUCUGGUAAAGAGAUGGGUGGCGUUAUUUACCUGCCUUGCGAUACGCGCCAUACAUUUGGAGCUUGUGUACAACUUGUCCACCCAGUCAUGUAUAAUGGCGAUUCGACGCUUCGUAGCUCGUCGAGGUUUUCCGGAGGCGUUCUACAGCGAUAAUGGGACGAACUUCGUGGGAGCAAGUAACUUACUGACAAAGCAAAUUCACGAAGACUGUGCUGUCACGUUUAUCAGCGCCAAAACCAGAUGGUGCUUCAACCCACCGUCCGCGCCCCACAUGGGUGGAUCGUGGGAGCGCAUGGUACGCUCCGUGAAGGCAGCCAUAUCAGUGAUCGCCGACCAUCCGCAUCACCCGAGUGAUGAAGUUUUCCAAACGGUAAUUCUGGAAGCUGAAGCAACUGUCAACUCCAGACCGCUUACCUACAUUCCACUUGAGUGUUCGGAGCAGGCGGCAUUAACUCCAAACCACUUCCUGCUUUUCGGCACCAAAGGGGUCGUGCAACCGGAAUUGGUUAUUAACCCAAAUUUGAACACGUUGAGAGACAGUUGGCGCCUCGCGCAGACCUUGGUAAACCAUUUUUGGACCCGCUGGGUUCGCGAAUAUCUUCCGAUGAUAACCCGGCGCACUAAGUGGUUCAAACCUACGAAACCGCUUGAAUCUGGGGAUCUGGUAAUAGUAGUCGAGGAUGGGAAGCGUAACGGAUGGCUGAGAGGUCAGGUUGUGGACGUGAUGAAAGCAGCUGAUGGACAAGAACCGAUCGCCGAAGAGCCAACGGUAUGCUAUACCCACCACAUAAGCAAUUGUUACUGUCCAUGGAUUCACCACCGUUCGUACCGGCUACCGGAUGUUGGACCCGGUCGAACUAAAACAUUCGAUUCACCAUUUGCCACCCACCCCGUAUCUGGUACGGGCUAUCUGUAA